AUGAAAGCCUCACAGAAGAUAUUUGACUACGGGAGUGUGGCUUUACCUUGGCAGCCUUGGGCGGAUGGGACGUUUUUGACAGAGAACGCGCAACUGCUCGUAUUCAAUGGCGCAGUAGCGGACGUACCGUUCGUGAUCGGUGACGACGACGACGAAGGCACGUUAUUCAGCUUGGGAAACAGCAACAUAACAACUGCUGCCGAGCUUCGCCAGUACCUUCAGGAAUACAUUUUCCCCACCGUGAAUGAUACUGUGCUAGAUGGCGUGCUGGCGGCUUAUCCAGACGAUCCAACACUGGGCUCGCCCUUUGACACCGGUUCGAAUAACUCUAUCACUCCAGAGUAUAAGCGCAUGUCAGCAAUCAUUGGCGACUAUAUUUUCCAUGCGCCGCGCCGGCUCCUCCUCACGGAGCGCUCGGGAAACGCCAGUGCCUAUUCCUUCUUGGACAAGCGAGGCAAAGAUACGCCCGUGAUAGGAUCGGCUCAUGGUACCGACCUCGAUAUAUUUCAAGGUACUGACCUUACGGAUGCUCUGAUCCACUUCGUGAACAACCUGGACCCGAACGGCGCUUCGCUCAUUGACUGGCCCGCAUACACCGCUGAGGCGCCAGCAUUGCUCACAUUCCUUGAGGGUAAUAUCACUCAAGUGAUCACCGACGACACAUUCCGCGUAGAGGGCAUACAAGCAAUCUCACAGGCCACCGUCGCCGGUAUCCGCCAACCGUAG